AUGAAAUUUGUAUUCCCAAUAUUAUUAGCUACUGUGCUCGGAGAGUUAACUAUAAGGUCAACUUCAAUCUCAUCUAUCAAUACAUGUACAAGCUCAGCACCAGUUUUACCAUCUGCAAAUUUAGGAUAUUAUGGAAAUAAUUCAAUUGAAGCUAUUCCAAGUACAAGUUCAAAAUCCAAGAGUAUUAAAUAUGAAUAUGAGACUGAUUAUAAUACAGAUAUAAUUCAAGCUUCAAAGACAAUAUGUGAUAAUCAAAACAAUUGUUAUGUAACUACUGAUUUAGAAAGUUUAACUACGUUUACAACUACUGUUAAUGGUAUAUUGACAGUUAUCACAACUCAUGUUCCUGUUGAAACUCCUGAACCAUUAUCACAAACUCAAGCUCCUGUACCAGUUACUCAUGCUCCUAAUACUGAAGAAGAUGUGUCAACUACUACUUUGUUAAUUACUUCUUGUUUUGAUAAUAAUUGUGUUUCAUUAACUCAAGUUACUGGUUAUAAAGUUUAUACUAGUGAUGAAACUAUAUAUACUACUUAUUGUCCCUUAAGUACAGUAACAGAGAUACCAAAAUCAAUAGAAGAUUUAAAUUCAGUGCAAGGUCAAGAAAGUAUUCACGUUGAAAAACCAGCUACUGAAUCACAACCUCAAGAAGCUUCAAAAGUUACUCAAGCUCCAAUUUCAAGUGUUGGUACUGUUACAUUAUAUGGUACUACUGUUUUAACAAUCACAUCAUGUUCAAAUGAAAAAUGUACACAAAUUGCAAAACCUACAGGUGUUCAAAUUAUAAGUAAUGAAAAAACAGUAUAUACAACUUAUUGUCCAUUAAGUGAGGAAACUACAAAAUCAUCAACUACUUCAGUUCCAGCGCCAGCUCCAAAACCAGUUGAAUCUGAAAUGGUAUCCUCACCAGUAACAAUUAAUGUAAUUACAGAUAAUAUCGUUACUGAAACACCAUCAAUUCAAGAACAAGUUUCUAAAUCAACUAUUGAUUCGCAAAGUACUAAUGUUUCUGCAGUUUCUGCUCCUUCUAUAAGUACUACAUAUGAAGGUAUAGCUGCGGUUACAAGUGUAAGUGGUAUAUUGAUUUCUUUAAUUUUCUUCAUGAUAUAG